CUGACAGCUAACUUUCCUGUCGGAAAAGUUUAAAUCCCGCCGGCGAUCCUCCGUUCAAUCACACAGCUUCGAGAAGCUUCCGCCAUUGUUUAAUUCACAGUUCGUGCUGCUUCGUACGACGAAUCCGCGAUCCUGCUCAGAUCUAUAGCUUCAAAUCGGAGAAGAAGCUCGAACGUCGAGAUAUAUUUUGCUGAUAUGGCGACUCGAAAUCGAACGUUACUGUUCAGAAAGUACAGAAACUCUCUUCGGAGCGUCCGUGCUCCGAUGACUGAAUCAAAAUCCGGCGUAGGUCCGGUGAUCGAGAUGGCGAGCACAUCUCUGUUACAUCCCAAACGCUCUUAUACUCCAAUCAGUACCGAAGAUCCAGGAAGCUCAAGUAAAGGAGCAGUGACAGUGGGGUUACCACCAGAUUGGGUUGAUGUCUCUGAGGAGAUUUCAGUGAAUAUUCAGCGUGCGAAGACCAAAAUGGCUGAGCUUGGAAAGGCACAUGCUAAAGCGUUGAUGCCUACGUUUGGGGAUGGGAAAGAAGAUCAGCAUCAGAUUGAGUCUUUGACGCAAGAGAUUACUUUCUUGUUGAGGAAAUCUGAGAAGCAGCUUCAGAGGCUUUCUGCUGGUGGACCUUCUGAGGAUUCAAAUGUUAGGAAGAACGUGCAGCGUUCUCUUGCUACUGAUCUCCAACAACUCUCUAUGGAGUUACGCAAGAAACAGUCUACUUAUUUGAAACGUUUGAGACUACAAAAAGAGGAUGGAGGGGAUUUAGAGAUGAAUCUAAACGGAAGCAGCUCUAGAGCUGAAGAUGAUGACUUCGAUGAUAUAUUAUUUAGUGAGCAUGAGAUGAGUAAGAUCAAGAAGAACGAGGAAAUAUCUGUAGAGAGGGAGAAAGAGAUUCAGCAGGUUAAAUGCUUUGCAACUCUUAGUUCUCUUCAUAGUAACCUUUUGUCACUUUCUCAUUGUGUUCUGUGUAAUCUACAGGUUGUUGAAUCCGUAAACGAGCUUGCUCAGAUAAUGAAGGAUCUUUCUGCACUUGUGAUAGACCAGGGAACCAUAGUUGAUCGGAUUGACUAUAACAUCCAAAACGUUGCUAGUACAGUUGAAGAUGGUCUCAAACAGCUGCAGAAGGCAGAACGUACACAGAGAAGUGGAGGUAUGGUUAAAUGUGCGUCUGUUCUUGUCAUCCUAUGCUUCAUCAUGCUUGUACUCUUAAUCCUCAAGGAGAUUUUUUUGUGA